AUGUUAAUUCGCGCUCAUGAGUGUGUAGCCGAGGGAAUCUGUAAGAACUUUGAUGACAAAGUAAUCACUGUCUUCACUGCAUCAAACUACUGCGGCUGCGUUGAAAAUAGGUCAGCUAUUCUGAUAAUUAAGGGCAGACAGCUGGAUUUUAAGACGUUUAAGCCCUUACAAUGGCUUAAGAGAGAUGAAGUUAUCUUUAAAGGCCACAGUAACCACAACAGAAGAGUUGUCAGAAAGAAAUUGAUGUCGAUCUCAUCACAAAAGAUCCUUCCAAGCAUUUUCGAGCCCCAAAACAGAAUUGACUCGUCUUCUCCAAGGACUCAGAGAAACAAACUGAGAAGAUUAUCAACUGAUUUAAUCGGUUCUUAUUAA